AUGUCGGACCCGGCGGCUCAGGCCCUGCAACCCCGGCUCCUCCAAGCCCAGUCGGCCGCCGGGUCGAGUGGGUCCGGUGCCGGUGCCGCCGCGGCUUCGGGUAGCAGCGACCCGGCCAGGCCCGGCCUGAGCCAGCAGCAACGCGCCAGCCAGAAGAAAGCUCAAGUUCGAGCCUUUCCGCGGGCGAAGAAGCUCGAGAAACUUGGCGUUUUCUCCGCCUGCAAGGCCAUUGACACAUGUAAAUGCAACGGAUGGAAGAACCCCAACCCCCCCACGGCUCCUCGGGUAGACCUGCAGCAACAAGCCGCCAGCUUGAGCGAGCCGUGUCGCAGCUGCGGACAUGCCCUGGCUGACCACGUAUCCCACCUGGAGAACGUGUCGGAGGAUGAGAUCAACAGACUGCUGGGGAUGGUGGUAGAUGUGGAGAACCUGUUCAUGUCUGUGCAUAAGGAGGAGGACACGGACACUAAGCAGGUCUACUUUUACCUGUUCAAGCUGCUGAGAAAGUGCAUCCUGCAGAUGAGCCAGCCGGUGGUGGAAGGCUCGCUAGGCAGUCCGCCCUUUGAGAAACCCAACAUUGAACAGGGCGUGUUGAACUUCGUGCAGUACAAAUUUAGCCACCUGGCGCCCAAGGAACGGCAGACCAUGUUCGAGCUGUCCAAGAUGUUCCUGCUGUGCCUGAACUACUGGAAGCUGGAGACGCCGACGCAGUACCGGCAGCGCACGCAGAAGGAAGACGGCACGGCCUACAAGGUGGACUACACGCGCUGGCUGUGCUACUGCCACGUGCCUCAGAGCAACGACAGCUUGCCGCGCUACGAGACCACGCACGUCUUCGGACGCAGCCUGCUCAAGUCCAUCUUCACCGUCACGCGGCGCCAGCUUCUGGAGAAGUUCCGCGUGGAGAAGGAUAAACUGCUGCCCGAGAAGCGGACGCUCAUCCUGACGCACUUCCCCAAGUUUCUGUCCAUGCUAGAGGAAGAAAUCUACGGGGAAAAUUCGCCCAUCUGGGAAGCUGACUUCACCGUGCCCGCCAGCGAUGGCGCACAGCUGGGGCAUCAGACGGUGAUCGGUCCGACGGCAGUUUCGGGCCCGUCCGCCCUCUCCAAGGCUCUGAGCGCGGCUUCGUCUCUCGGCGGUCUGGACGCGGCGUGUUCGGAGCCAAUUCUAGGCGAGAAGCGUAAACUCCCCGAGGCGCUGACGCUAGAGGACGCCAAGCGCAUCCGCGUGAUGGGCGAUAUUCCCAUGGAGCUGGUCAAUGAAGUCAUGAUGACCAUCACGGACCCCGCCGCCAUGCUGGGCCCCGAGACCAACCUCCUGACGCCCAACGCGGCCCGCGACGAGACUGCGCGUCUGGAGGAGCGUCGCGGCAUCAUCGAGUUCCACGUGAUCGGCAACUCGCUGUCUCAGAAAUCUAACAAGAAGAUCCUGAUGUGGCUGGUGGGCCUGCAGAAUGUCUUCUCGCACCAAUUACCUCGCAUGCCCAAAGAGUACAUCACGCGGCUGGUUUUUGACCCUAAGCACAAGACCUUAGCCCUCAUUAAAGAUGGGCGUGUCAUCGGGGGCAUCUGUUUUAGGAUGUUUCCCACUCAAGGUUUCACGGAGAUCGUCUUCUGCGCCGUCACCUCCAAUGAGCAAGUGAAGGGCUACGGCACGCACUUGAUGAACCACCUGAAGGAGUACCACAUCAAACACAACAUCCUCUACUUUCUCACCUACGCUGACGAAUACGCCAUCGGCUACUUCAAGAAGCAGGGCUUCUCGAAAGACAUCAAAGUGCCCAAAAGUCGCUACCUGGGCUACAUUAAAGAUUACGAGGGAGCCACGCUGAUGGAGUGCGAGUUGAACCCCAGGAUUCCCUACACGGAGCUGUCGCACAUCAUCAAGCGGCAGAAAGAGAUCAUCAAGAAGCUGAUUGAGAGGAAGCAGAAUCAGAUCAGGAAAGUCUACCCGGGCCUGACCUGCUUCAAGGAGGGCGUGCGGCAGAUCCCCGUGGAGAGCAUUCCGGGCAUAAGAGAAACUGGAUGGAAGCCGAGCGUUAAGGAGAAAGUGAAAGAAGUGAAGGACCCCGAUGUGUUGUACAACAUGCUGAAGAACCUUCUUGCUCAGAUCAAGACUCACCCUGACGCUUGGCCAUUCAUGGAGCCCGUCAAGAAGUCUGAAGCGCCCGAUUAUUACGAGAUCAUCCGCUUCCCCAUCGACCUGAAGACCAUGACGGAGCGCUUGAAGAACCGCUACUACGUGACCAAGAAGCUUUUCAUCGCCGACCUGCAGCGCAUCAUCACCAAUUGCCGCGAGUACAACCCGCCCGACAGCGAGUACUGCAAGUCGGCCAACACGCUGGAGAAGUUCUUCUACUUUAAACUCAAAGACGGCGGCCUCAUAGAGAAAUGA